AAUAUUUCGUUACGUUACAAUCGUCAAUGAAACAUGCCCGUUUUUGCAACUCCUUGUGCCUUAUAGAUAUCAUUUUUUUAAAAAACAUUUUUUAACAUUUCUUCCAACUGCACUUGAUGCAUAUAAUUAUUUGCAACUGACUCGCAAUAUCAUUCUUGAGAUUGCAAAAAUAUCGAAGGUCAUUCGUGCAAUCGUGUAACCACGUUUACGAGCCGUGCACGGGUAUAUUGAAGGAAGCCUCCAUCGACCCAUCGGCCGCACGUAGCAACGUGUUGACGCAAUACCGCGCGUAACAAACGGUGGUAAAGUGAUUCGUUUGCACACAAAUUGCUAUAGUGUCGCGGCUCUUGCACAACGGGUAUACGUUUGAAAGUACGUUACACAGAGUGCAAAGCACAAAGUAUAAUAACAAUAAUCAUUGUAAUCGAAAAUGCCUGGAAUCGCGAGCGCGACUGGCCUCCUCUCGGCACGAACUCAGCCGGUUCGCAGGCUCAAGCCCAAGAACGUGGAGUUAUCGGGUCACGUCAAAACGGCGCCAUUCGCCCUCCGACCGUUCGCUGGUCUUUUCAACCCUUAUCCCUACAGUUGCUCGGUAUUGUGCAACCAUCCGGCGGAUUGCGAGGCGAAAGAAGUAGUACGGCGCGCUAAAGAUACAUGGGCAACCGAGGGGAAAGCUCUUUUAUUGCCGGAGGAAGUGGAAAUGAUACGGAGUAGCUUGUUGGCGGUGGGCGCAGGUGGAGGCGGAAGUGAUACGGCAGCUGGAAAUGCCAACGACGGUGGCGAGGGAUAUAAUACAGAGGCGACUGUCUCCGCAGUACCCGAGGAGUUCUUUCGCAAAUAUACGGAAACCGACUCGCGACCUUUAACUCCGGCACCCACGCUCGCUAGCGGGCCAACGGCAUUAACUGGUCGCACAAGUCAGGAGCAUUUACCGGCGACUUGUAAUCCGCGUGAGCGCACUACCCUUAUUCUGGAUCUUCGAGCCAAUCCGUACAGUCAACAGGUGGAUACUGAGACUUUUAGUUGGCAUGCUCUUACGCUUGAACCACCACCGGUACCUCGAAAGACCGAAAUAUUCAUUUGCAAACCGAUUCCACGAUCGGCGCAACGUACAGCGAUACUUGCUCCGCCUCCUCCAUCCCCGCCUUCAUCCGCCAUUGAGACAUGCGAUACGAAUUCGUCCAAGAACGCAGAAAAGGAUGUCGACAGUGACGAGGAGCAACAAUCCGCAAUUACUCGACGGGGAAAGCGAUUGCGUAAAAGAAAGAGUAGGAGGGGCUCGACUUACGGUCAACAAACGGAAGUUCGCGAUCCGCUCGAACCCGUGGUAACGCAAGUUUCGCAGACCGAGGAUACAUCGCGACGAUCAUCAUUGCAAGUGGAGGAGACUAAUGAAAUCGACAGCUCGAAGUCUCCUAAGAGAACGUCCGCGCAACCAAUCAUCGUCGCUCACGUGAUGCCCGAGAGUUUCCUCGCGCCUGAAAUACUGAAGUAUUUGUCCAGAGAAUUGGAUCGCGAGAAGGUCGAGGCAGAAUUCUCAAUUAAGAGACGAAUCGCCUUGGAGGAAGCACUGCGGGUGAAAGGCGACGUCUACUCGACCUUACGUGGGUCUCGUCAGCCUAACGCUGGCACGGGGACGCAAAACGCCCCCCGAGUAUUCUCCCGUCAAGUAGUACGGUUCGAGUUACUCGAUGGCCAAAGUCUUCGCGGGUUAACAUCGCUACAGUAUCUUAAUAAACACGCGUAUGUUACGUCAGGAAGGAAGUUGAUAUUCGGCCGGAUAUUCAAUAGAUUCAUCGAGGAAUCGUCGUACAACGCGCGACGCAUUUCGCCGAAUGAUAUCGAGGAGGCUCUUCAGGAAGUGAUCGGCAAGGCGUUGACGGACGAGCAGAAAUUUUAUCUCAAGUCCGUAAUGGGUGAGGUAACAGAACCGUUGGAUUUUAGGGAGUGGUGCGGCCUGUGCGCCGUUGUCGAGAGGCUAUUGUGUCCCUUGCCGUCGAGGGAAAGCGAUCCACCCGUAUGGCUCGAAAGGGCGGACUUCGAAGGUCUGGAACGAAGGCUCAAGUCGGCUGAAUCGGUGGAUUCCACGUUGGCAUUAUUGUUGAAGGAGAUUCGUGACAGAUAACACCGUGUCGUGUUUUCUUAUCAUACAUAUUCUUUUAUCACAGUGAUCGCUAAUUAUAAUGCUCGUGCCGUGAGAGUCAUACGACGAGAUCAAAUGUUACUUGUCGGUACAAGCCUAAAAAAUAAAGCUUUUCACGGUUCUACAAA